GCAACUGAUGCACAGACAGCUGCUAUUUCUCCCUUCCCCUUCUUUUGCUCCCCUGACUAUUCUCCUUUAGUUUCUUCCCUACACUGCCUCCAUUCAUCUCCACUGUAUUUCCCCUUCUUUCCCUCUGCUCUGUCAUUCUGCCCUGCACUUUUUCCUCAGGCGAUUAUAAAGGCAGGUCCCGUCGGAGGGAGAGGGCUUGUGUAAUCUCUGGCUGCACAUGAGCACGGGAGAGUUACUGCUUCAACUGGGAAAGCAGCAUAACAGAAGACCCACAAACGCAUAAAAGGACAAAUUUUGGAGCAAAGAGAGGAAGAAGGAACAUCUCUGAGACAGGACAAGAGGAGAAGGAGGGAGACAGAGAAAGAGUUUGGAUUUGGAGUACAGGACACGGACCAUGCCGGGCUCUGUGGUGCUGCUGCUGUCCCUGUUGGUCCUCUCUACAGGAAGUGAUGCCAGAAGAAUCAGGAAAAGAGGACUCAGCCAUAAGGACUACGAGUACCCCAACCACCCCCAGUCCACACAGCAUCAGAAGAAUGACCGAUGUCCACCUCCACCCCAGAUGUUGCCAGAAAGAGCCUGUGAGGUGCCAGGCUGCCGCUCAGACUCGGAGUGUGAACGCCAUAAACGCUGCUGUUACAACGGCUGUAUCUACGCCUGCCUGGAGUCUGUCCAGCCACCACCAGUGUUGGACUGGCUGGUGCAGCCCAAGCCUCGGUGGUUGGGGGGUAAUGGCUGGCUGUUAGAUGGCCCUGAGGAGGUUUUGCAGGCUGAGGCCUGCAGCACAACUGAGGACGGAGAUGAGCCUCUUCAUUGUCCUACAGGCUAUGAGUGCCACAUCAUCAACCCAGGAAACCCUGCUGCUGGGAUCCCUAACCGGGGACAGUGCAUCAAGCAACGUGGCAACUCCGAUGGACGUGGCCUGAGGCACAAAUACUUUAAGGACUACAAGGACUACUUAGGUACCAGUUCUAACAAUGCAGUCGGCUAUGACAAACAUCAUCACAAGCACCUGGGAUGAAAUCAACAUGACCUCAGCCUCAGCUACGACCAUAACACAACCUCAGACAUCCAGCCCACUCCUGUUCGAUCUGCUCUCAUCACACCUGAACCAGGAUCAGAGCUGACCUUUUUACCAGACCUACAGCUGCUACCUCCUCUUUUGCAAAGCCCCAUCUUGCGGCCUCAGUCAUGAAGUCCUUUGGGAGACAAGUCAGACAAGCCUACAGUACACAGCCAAAGAAAUUGUACCGUUUUUUAAUGUCUCUGUCUGGUGUCUGUGCUGGCGAAGCAGAGAUGAGGAGAGCAGCGUGUGCACCAAAGUUGUUUGUCUAAUGUCUCCAAAGGAAAUAAGGAGCCCAUGCCAUUUUCUUUCAUUUUCUAACACAUUCCUCUUCUCACACACAAUCACACUCUCUAACCUUGAGGCUUGGUCAGCAGAGAAAAUCAAGACCAUGUGGCCCCGUUACUCAUUCUGUUUCUCUCGUUCUCUGAAGGUCAGUCCCCCUAGAUCUUUUAAUCUGAAACCUGGAAUGUUUUACAGACAAACAGGGUAAAUUCCAGCCAUAGUGGUUGCACCUUUAAAUCAGAUCCAAGUGUGGUUUAAUAUUCUGACUAAUAACUUUGGUUAGAAGAAUCAAAACCAUAUGACUGUGUGGAUUGUGUCAGUUUCAGAAGAUCUGGAACAGCUGUCGAUUAGUUCCAGCAAACAGAUGCUGACCGUGACUUCUUUGCUAUGAAAAGCAAAAGUUAAAUAAGAUAAAUAAUAAGUUGAAUAAGAUAUGUGCACUCAUUAAAUUCAUUUGAGAGAGAUAUAGAUUUAAACUGGUACUUCGCCUCUCAAGGAGGAAACCUUUAACAACUUAAAAAACACCUUUAAAUUAGCCUACAGAAGGCAAGUGCUGUAUAAUGAAAAGAGCAAUUUGGGAUGUAUUAUCCCUUCGAAGAUAAAUUCUGUAAAUACAGAAUUAUAACUGUAAUGAGGUUCCUGAAAUAAAUUUAGUGCAGUGACAGUACUGGUACAGCCUGAUUAUUCAAACAUUCCACAAUUUUGAAUAAUUAUACUGCAUAAUUUCUAAAUAAUCCAGUGUUUUUGACAAACCUCAAACUAUCAGCCCCUCUUGCAGUACAGGAAUGAUAUUAAAAAGGUGCUUUUGCACAGAGCAGAUAUCUAAAACUAGCUAUAAGGUCUCUUGUGUUCAUCUUAAACUCACCUUCCUUCGGUCAGCUUUUCAGUUCAAGUCGUCUCUUAUCAGUUCAAAUGGUGCUCAGUUUCGUUUAUGCUUUCGUUUAUACAGAACAAUAAGCUGGUCACAGAAUAAACUGGAGGUGUAAAAGAAAAGCUGGAAAGCUUUUAAAGUCAUGUCUGAAUGUUGCUUUCUGACUGGUGCUGUACUUUUGCCUUGUUUAUUCUAAAUAAACCACAUUGUUGAA